UUCCGCUCUAACCGGAAGUGCUUCGUCGUGUUUUAAAACUGCGGAACGUGUGCGUCGCAAACUCACAAAGUUCUUAAAUGUGAACGUCUCCCAGUCUGUGUGUCAGUUGGCUGGUUGAACAGAGAGCGAUGGCCAGUCCAGAGCUCCUGCUGGACUCCAGCAUUCGGAUGUGGGUGGUCCUACCCAUCGUCUUCAUCACCUUCUUCGUAGGGGUCAUCCGCCACUACGUCACCCAGCUGCUCCACAGCGACAAGAAGAUCGACCUGGAGCAGGUUUCUGACAGCCAGGUGCUCCUGCGCAGCCGCAUCCUCAGAGAGAAUGGAAAGUACAUUCCCAGACAGUCUUUCGCCAUGAGGAAACAUUAUUUCAACAACACAGAGACUGGCUUCUUCAAGAAGGUCAAGAGGAAGGUCGUCCCUAAGAACCCCAUGACAGACAGCAGCAUGUUGACAGACAUGAUGAAGGGAAACCUGACCAACGUCUUGCCCAUGAUUGUGAUUGGUGGAUGGAUCAACUGGGCCUUCUCUGGAUUCGUCAUAACCAAGGUGCCGUUCCCUCUGACUCUGAGGUUCAAACCCAUGUUGCAGAGAGGAAUUGACCUGCUGUCUCUGGACGCCUCCUGGGUGAGUUCAGCGUCCUGGUACUUCCUGAAUGUGUUUGGACUGAGGAGCAUGUACAGCCUCAUACUGGGACAGGACAACGCUGCUGACCAGUCACGGAUCAUGCAGGACCAGAUGACGGGCGCUGCCAUGGCGAUGCCCCCUGACCCCAACAAGGCUUUUAAGAGCGAGUGGGAGGCGCUGGAGAUCGUGGAACACAAGUGGGCGCUGGAGAACGUGGAGGAGGAGCUGAUGUCCAGAGACCUGAACUUUGGAAACUUCUUCAGCCAGGACAUCAAGUCCACCAUGUUCUAGAUCGACGGGGACCUGCGAGCUCUGGAGCGUCUGCGGAAGGAUCCUCUGAGGCGUGGAGCAGAUCAGUUCGAGGGUUCCCAGAUGUUCCAGAUCACCAGGUUGUUUCAGUAAACCAGCAGAUUCUGCACCAGGUCUGAUCAGACGAAUCCUCUCAGGAAGGUGUUUCUCUCUGGGUGUGACGCAGAAAUCUGGAGCUGCGUUUAAAGACGACUGGGACGUUUUUAUGGAGCUUUAAAUGGCAGCAGGCGUGUUGUUGUUGUUCUCACCCUGCAGGACGGACACUUUGCAUGUACUUUUCUACACUGUGGUCAUCCAGCUGAGGCUGUAAUCCAGAGCGACUUGAAGUGAGUGCCAACAGUUUAAUAAAGGUGCCAUCACAACUAA